AAGAGUUUUUGGGGCUCGCGAGCGUUUUGCCGAGCGUUUUGGAGGGGCGAAAUACAGCACUGGGCCGGGCGUUCGCUUCUUAGGAGGACAAAGGGAUCUGCAAGACUGGCUUUUGCGAUGGAAAUUCACGACGAGGAGAGAGUGGUGCACUGCUCCUCCAUGGAUCCAAAUGACGUCGACGAGCUCCAUCCAAAGGAAGAGAACGACGAGUUCAACGACGAGGAGGUCGCGCAGUGCGGCAGCAAAGUCGCGCUCUCGGCUCGCAAGCGCGCUCCGUGCACUGCAUGGACGGACAAGGAGGCGUUUGCGCUGCUCGACAUCUACUACGAGAAGUGGAUCGAGACGAGGAGUGGUGGCUGCACCGGGCUGAGCGAUCGCGAGUGGGCCGAGGUUGGCGAGUCGCUCUACCGGCGCUGCGGUGGCACGCUGCGCACCGUGCUGCAGCUCAAGAGCAAGAUCGACAAGAUGAAGCGGAAGUUUAAGAACGAGCAGCUCAAGGCGAGCACCACAGGGAUGGGGAAUUCUACGUGGGUGUUCUACGAGAAGAUGAGCAGCUUGUUUGGGCUCAUGAAGAAGAAGCGAACGACUCCUUUCUUGAAGAGAGCCGCGGAUCGAGAGCUGAGCGGAGACGAGCAGGCCUGCGAUGUGGAGGAUCUGGAGAGAGUUGGAGGUGGCGUGGUUGCUCUUGGCGAUGUUCCUCAGGAUGGUGGCUCGGAUUCGCUAUAUAGGCUGCUCAAACAUCAUCUUCCACCGGGUGUUUUCAAGGAAGCAAGCAGGAUGAUCUUGGGAUUAAACAAUGGGAGUGUCGUAGGAAUGCUGCCUUUGCCUCCAGCAGUAAUGGCAAUGUCUACUGCUGCCGACUUUGACCUCCAGGCUUACAGGUUUACUGCUGCCGAGGAAGAGUUGCGAGCUCCUCGUAUUGUUCGUAUAGGCGUCAUCCAGAACGCCAUAGUUCUCCCAACUGAUGCUCCUUUUGCGGAUCAGAAGCGAGCCAUCAUGAAGAGAGUCGGGGAUCUGAUCGAAGCUGCUGGAACUGCCGGUGUCAACAUACUUUGCUUGCAGGAGGCUUGGACGAUGCCUUUCGCGUUUUGUACGCGGGAGAAAACAUGGUGCGAGUUUGCCGAGAGCGCGGAGGAAGGCACGUCGACGAAGUUCUUGCAAAUGUUCGCUUGCAAGUUUAAGAUGGUGAUCAUCAGCCCCAUCCUGGAGCGCGACGAAGUCCACGGUGGAACCUUGUGGAACACGGCCGUGGUGAUUGGAAACAAUGGAAACGUGAUUGGAAAGCACAGAAAGAACCAUAUCCCUCGCGUUGGAGACUUCAACGAGAGCACGUACUACAUGGAAGGCAAUACGGGCCAUCCAGUGUUUGAGACCGCGUAUGGAAAGAUCGCGGUAAACAUAUGCUACGGGAGGCACCACACUCUCAACUGGCAGGCGUUUGGGAUGAACGGAGCGGAGAUCGUGUUUAAUCCCUCGGCAACAGUGGGUGACUUGAGCGAGCCAAUGUGGCCGAUCGAGGCGAGAAACGCUGCAAUAGCAAACAGCUACUUCGUGGCCGCGAUCAACCGGGUUGGCACCGAGGUUUUCCCGCGAGCUUUCACGUCGGGUGACGGGAAGCCGGCUCACAAGGGGUUUGGACACUUUUACGGGUCGAGCUAUGUGGCGGCCCCGGACUCUUCGUGCACGCCGAGCCUCUCGAGGCUCCAGGACGGGCUCAUGGUCGUGGAUGCCGACUUGAAUCUGUGCCAGCAAGUCCGAGACAAAUGGGGCUUCCGGAUGACCGCUCGCUAUGAUCUGUAUGCCAACUUUUUCAAUGAGUAUACAAAGCACGCGUUCAAACCGCAAGUUAUCAGCGAUCCCCUCCUCCACUCGGGCCUCGAGGCACACAGCCUCUAAGAUCAAAUCAAAUAAAACAUCUUCAAAUUAUCUAAAAACGUUUCUCAAAGAUAUCAUUUUUAAUCCCUUGCAAACAAAACCAAUGUAGAAAAGCUAUACUUCAAAUGAUCUAAAGCUUUUCUCAUUUCUA